GCGUUCGAGAGAUAUGUUGGAGAAAAAAAUGGCAAAAUCAGUUUUUUCAAAAUACCUUCAAAAUGACAGAUCCGAUCGAUUUUACAUUUGAAUCGGCUCUAGAUCUCAAUAACGCGACGAUAGCGACAUUGAACGUCAGAAGCGGUUGAUUAGCUCAAGAGAUAUCGGCGUCAAAAAGUUUAAAAAAUAACAUUUAUGGUGAUUUUUCCUGUAUAAAUCUCAAUACAGUCUACUAAAAUAUUUCCAAAAUCAUGCCAACUCUUGGUCUUUAUAGUCUGUUUCCAUCACCAUAUAAUGCCAUCUUACUCGUUCUUUAGUUCAAAUCAUAUUAUCAACAAAAAAAUUUUAAAUACACAGCCUGAGUCAAAAAACAAAUUCGGAUUUGAGUCUCAAAGUUCUCAAUGAGGUUUUUGAGGAUCAAUUUAGAAUUUUGAGAUUGACAACAGUAUGGAAAGUUAUCGUAGUUUAGUCCUCAAAGUAGUAGUUACGACCCAUUUUACCAUUCGGAGGACUAAACUGGAAUAACAUAAUCUUGGUUACAGCCUCAAAAUACUCAAAACGUACAGGAAUAAUUUUAUCUGCAUUUGAACCUCAAAAGUCUCAUUCGACGUAUUCUAUCCCCUCCCUUUUCCAUCUUAAAUUUUUCAAAGUCCGAACUAUAACUUUUCAUUCGUUGAGAAUUUUGAGUACUAAAGUAGAGUUACUUUCUGGGCGGCAAAUAAAACAUCAAAGGAACGGAGGCUUUUGAGGACUAAACUAUAAUUUUUUUUUUGACGCUGGAGUUUUUAAUAUUUUUCUUGGAUAUUUUACCGACAAUUGCAUGUAAAAUAUUUUUGAGCUCCUUGAGAUCGAAAACAGCGGCAAUUUUUGGAACUGGCCCGCGGGCCGACCGCAUGGGCAAAAUCUGCAGAUUUUUUUAUGCUGUAAGCGAUAUAAAUAAUUCCGUUAUAACGUCGUAUCGUCAAAGUUGAACUUUGUUAUCUUUUUAAAUAAAAUAGUUGUAGAUAAUUAACUGUCGAGGUAAUUUUAAAUAGAAUUCGGGCUUCUAUAAAAAGAUAAUGAAUAUCUAAUAUACGCACAUACGUCAUAUCUACGUAAGAGCUUUAUUAGUCACUAUUAACAAUGUUGGAGUUAAUUUAUGCCCUGACGUACUCUGGUAUAUUUGGGUCUCAGCAGUCCUAUAAAGUCGGCAGUAUCGAUUCAAUUCUCCAGAUAAUCACUUCAGUAAAAGUGUCAUACAUUCAAAUAGUGUAUUAUUGAAUUACAUAAAAUCAUUUUAUGAAAUGGCUCCCGUUAUAAAUUUUUUAACGGCUAAAUUAAUAAUAAUCUUGAUAAUAAAUGCCGCCACGAACGCCGAUAUUUUAUUUGAUUUAAAGAACACCGCAGAUGCGGAUUUUGAUGGUUCAUUUGAAAAUGUGAUGAUAAGUCCAAAUACUCCGGUUUAUACUGUAAGAUCUGACAAAGAAAAAUGGUUCGUUUUGAAGAAAGAAUUCAAUGUAUUCAGAGAAACUCGAGCUUAUAAACAUUACAACAAUCCUGAUAACGACCGCAGUAACACAUACGUUGUGAAUAUACUACUAAUUUUGGACUAUUUCGAAGGAAAUUCACAGAUCAACGAAACCCGUUAUACCAAUAAAAUCUUACUGGAUUUGGAUUACGCGGCUAAAAAACUCGGGGAACUAAAUAAUCCUAAAAUAAAAGUACAUGUUUCCGGAGUUGCUAAAAUAAAGGACAAAGAUUUUUUGAAUUUACCAAUAAGUACUUUCAAUUCGAUUAACUGCUAUAAUAAGUAUUCAAUACACGAAAAGGUGGGUACAUGGUUGUUUGAUUCUAUGCCAUUUAUUGAUGCUGGCUAUAACAAGUUUAUUUUUGCAACAAAUGAACGUAUAUGUCCUGAGAGUAAUGAAUACUUCAGCUGGCCUUCGCAUUAUGUCCCGAAAGAUAUGAAUUGUAUAAGCACAGGUGAAACGGCUCUUCGACGAGGUGGACUCUUUUAUUUUGGCCAUGCGAUUAGGAAAGUGAAGAUUACAGAAAUGAUCGCUGAAACAUUUGGUGUCAGUUGUACUUCCGGUAUUCCAAGUAUGUUUCAUGUCUCUCUUAGCACAAAAGCUUCGAAAAUGAAUCCUACCUUUGAAUCUGAUCCUACGGGUUGGUGGUCUGGAUGUUACAAAGAAGAAUUUCCAAAAAUAAUCGGCAAAUCAAAAUAUGAAUGCUAUAAAAUGCCAGCAGCUAAUGAUCUCGGGGAAUAUCAUGAAUCAGGCUACGAAAAUUUGAUACUGGGUCCAAAUACUUACGUUUAUAAAAUUGAUUUUCCACGCGAUAAUUAUGUGAGAGUUGAAUCUGAUUUGAACAAAUUUCAGGCAACGCCGGCCUAUAAUUAUUACAGAAAUUCAGAUAUCGAUCUCAGUAAUACAUAUGUUGUAAAUAUAUUAUUAAUUUAUGACUGGAGCUUAAAUGAAAUAAAUUCCGACAGGACUCAUCUCCUUGAUUCCAUACUAAAGAAACUAAAUAUAGCCUCUGAAAAUUUAAAUAAGUUACAACAUAUUAAAAUAAAACUGCGAAUUUCCGGAAUAGCUAUUCCACAACGUUCCGAUAUUUUCGACCUACCGACAACACAGAAAGUGCCUCUAUGGGACCAACCCUGUUAUCAUUCCAAUAGGACCUUACACUACCUGAGUGAAUGGUUGCAAGAAAAUAAAGAGCAAUUUGAAAAUCCCUCAUUCGACUUUUUUCUCUUCGUGACCAGCCGAUCAUCUUGCGGUGACGAAAAUGAAAUCAAAUCAUUCGAUGAACCAGAUAUUGGCCCAAUCUUGACAUAUGAUUGCAAUGCUGCUCGUUCGCUAGUUAAGUCAUCUGGCGGCAUCGUACCAUAUGACCCCUUCUUUCUCAAACAUGUUACACAAAUAUUCGCUGACAGAUUCAAUGUUAGGAGCAAAUGCUCAUGGAAGAACGGGUGGCAUCCAAUAAAAGUUUGGAAGAGACUAACUUGUGUGGCAUCGUCACGUCCACGGGAUUGGGAAUAUUGUGAAAAUCUAUCAACUCAGCAAAUACGCAGUAAACCUGAAUAUUCGUGUUACAAAAUGCCAGCUUUUAAGCCAGUUGCCGAAGAAGACGACGAUUAUUAGUAGUCCUGCGACUCGCAAAAUUUGAUUUCGUCAAAAAAAUAUAAUUAGACAUGUCUUUUUUUAUCUAAUGUUGUUAGGAUUAGUUCUGUACCUUAACAAACAUUUUUUUUGUAAAUAGUUAAUUUGCAAGGUGGGUCAUUGAAACUUAAUAAAUGGCCAAUAAUUUAUUUAAAAAAAAAAAAUUACAGCAUAUUA